AUGUUACGUGUGGUUGUUGCCGCAGCUCCUGCAUCCUCGUUCUUUGUAGCAACCUUUUCUCCGCCUCCAUUUUUAGUGUGUGAUUCCUCCGUUGCGCGGUUGUUGCGUUCUUUCACACCUUGUUCGGAUGGUGCUUUGGUCCUACUCACAGUCACUGCCUCACUCGGGGCAGGCGCCGGUGGUACCGUGUUCCGAACAUUCUUUUUGCUGUCUUGCAAUUCCACGUUUGCCGGCGCUGUGUUAUCCAACGGUGCUUCAGCCACAGCGGCUUUUGGCUUACGCUUUGAUGACGCUGCUUUUGCCUUCGUUUUCUCUGGUGUGCUUUGCCCUGCUUUCUGCGCAGUUUUCUCGGCUGAUUUGCCUUUCACAUCUGGCUGUGAUUUCUCGGAUGGUCCGGCUUUAACUGGCCGCGUGUCAUCCUGGAGUGGCGCCGAAUUGACCACGGAUGGUGAUCUGCCUCCUGCCUUGGGCUUGGCCUUCCGUGAUGCUCUUUUUGGUGCAUCGUCUUUGACAACGGGCUGUUCAGCUUCCUGUUGUUUGGGCUGUGCCGCAGCUGAUUUCCCUUUCACACCUGACUGCGACUUCCCGGAUGGUUCAGCUUUCACUGGCCGCAGCCCCUCGAAAGGUUUCGAUCGUCCCCCCUGCGGUGAUCUAUCGGCUGACCUGGAUUUGCCUCCCUGCGACGCUCCCUUGGGUGUAGUGCUUCUAACCAUCAGCUGUUCAUGGUCAAAAGACCUCGAAUUUAGGCUAAGUGGAGUUCUGUUUGCCGACCUGGCCUUACCCCUCUGCCGCCCUCGUUUGGACGUAUCACUUUUAACCACGGGCUGCUCAACCUCGGACGGCUUGGAUUUGACUGCGGAUGGCGACCUAUCCACGGCCUUCGAUUUCGCCUUCCGUUGCGCUCGUUCCAAAGAUUUGGAUUUGGCGUUUGCCCGUGAUUCCCCAGGUGUUUUGGCGUUUACAUGUCGCAUUGCAUCUACUGACGGGUCGUUCAGUGUACCUGGAGGCACAUCAAUCGAUGGUUCAUGCAGCAUCCCUGGCGGUGCAUGGAGAGAUUGCUCCUGGGCCCCGUUGGCCGGAGUGUUGGCGCCAUAUGGCCCAGAUGAUGUAGACGCCUGCCUCGACCUAAUCUCGCGUUCCUGGCGAUUUGCGGCUCCGCGUGCUUUAGGAGUUCCAGCUUGCACCCUCGUUUCCGUCACUGCGAAGCCCUCCGCGAAAUUUUGUUGCAAAGAGGCUACAGCGUGA